AUGCAGCAAGGCGCACCGACGCCGGCGCCUAGCUCGAUGGAGCCUACGUCAGCGGCCCUGACCGUGCUGUAUGCGACGGAAACGGGCAAUGCCGAGGACGUAGCGCACCGAAUUGCACAGAUCGCCUAUCGACAUCAUGUGUCGGUGCGCCUAGUCAACCUUGCCGACUACGAUCGCUUCCCCACGCCGGCGCGCGCGUUCUGGCGCUUCCUCCUGCGCAAGGGCCUUCCUGACGAUAUCCUGUCGGACGUCACAUUCGCCACAUUUGGACUCGGCGAUUCUGUCUACACGCGCUUCUGCUGGGCAUCCCGCAUGCUGAACCGCCGCUUGAGCGACCUGGGUGCCGCCGAGUGGUUCGAGCGCGGCGAGGCUGACGAACAGCACGAGCUAGGCGAGGCGAUCGUCGGCACACUUGCCCGGAACGACCGCAUGACGGCUGCGUCGCACUUUCAGGACGUGCGGUGCAUCGAGAUCACGCUACCUGACGACGCGCCGCCCUAUCAGGCCGGCGACGUGGCCACCUUUCUACCCCAGAAUGCGCCCGAGGACAUCGAAAUACUCUUGCGGCGCCUCGGCUGGACCGACGUGGCCGACCAGCGACUCGAGCUGACGCCUGCCGAUGCGAAUCACGCACUGCCCCACGCGCUCGCGCAGGCAUCGGCGGCACACACACUUACGUUGCGGCGCCUCCUCACGCAGUACCUUGACCCCCUAGCCGUACCCCGCCGCUCGUUCUUUGAUCUGCUGCAGCACUUUACGCCGCGCAAUCACAUGGAGCACGAAAAAAUCGUCGAGUUCCUGCAGCCCGGCGACGGCACCGACGACAUGUACGAGUAUGCACAGCGCGUACGCCGCACAAUGCUCGAGGUGCUCAUCGAGUUCAAGAGCGUGCAGGUGCCUGUUGCCUAUGUCAUGGACUUGUUCCCGCCCAUGCGCGAGAGGGCCUACAGCAUUGCGAGUGCGCCCAGUUACAAGACGCGCCUCCAAAAGCCCCGCGUGGGCACAGCUAGUGCGUGGCUUGCGCGCCUGCAGCACGGUGCGCAGGUCCCACUCCGUUUGCAGCCCGGCACGCUCCUUUUGCCGGCGCAGGCGUCGGUGCCGAUCAUCGCGAUCGGCCCUGGCACGGGCAUCGCACCGCUGCGCGCCCUCGUGCAGGAGCGGCUCGCGCACCAAGCGCCAGGCGAGCACCUGGUAAUCGCCGGCUGCCGCUACAUGGAGCGCGACUGCCUCUUUCGCGACGAGUGGGAGGCAUGGGCGCGUGGCGAAAUACCCCAGCGGCCCGACGCGCGCCCAGCCGACAUCUCGAGCGAGCGUGGCCCGCCGCGCCUCACCUUCCAUGUCGCAGCAAGCCGCGACCAAGCCGACAAGGUGUACGUGCAGGACAUUGUCCGGCAGCAGGGCGCGCGUAUCUGGGACGUGCUCGCCGCUCGGCGCGGUAUUGCCUAUCUGUGUGGCUCGUCAGGCAGAAUGCCCGAGCAGGUGCGCGACGCCAUCGUCGCCGUGUUCCAGGAGCACGGAGCCAUGGAUGCCGAACAGGCUGCGCGUUUCUUUGCGACGCUCGAGGCGGAGCGGCGCUGGCAGGAGGAGUGCUGG